GAGUCGAGCCGAGCGCCGGAUUGAGACUCCGCCACCGACUUCAUCCUGCCCUCGUCGCUCAGGUCGUCCUUGCUCGCCCCCACCCAUCUGUUGCCAGAAUGCCCCUCCUCGACCCUAUCAUCUACAAGCCCAAUCGCGUCCUGGAGAAGCAGCGGUUCUACCAGGCAUCGCACGAUCCCCUCUACCUCCGUGCCCCCGGUGCCAAAGUCUACGUCCGGGCAUACUACGCUAUCUUUACCGUCGGUAUGCUUGGAACUGCCUGGGGUGCUUUCUCUCUCAUCAAGGGCAAGCCUGCAGAGUAGAUCGUCCUGUCCAAUGCUGCAUAGAGAAUGUAACCCAUUUGGCUGAGCCAACGUCAGCAUUCUGAGCGAGAGGUGAACGUUGUGCAGCCAAGUAAACUGUACUCAUCGAAGUCGAAGAGGCUUUGUACUGACACCUUCGACAUUGCUUCCGCUACGACGCUGCGCGCGUACAAUAGUCCUCCUCCGAGUUACUCCGUCCCGCGUUCAGUGCACUGAGACUGUAGUGAAACUGUUUCCAUAUCAAUCGGACUAUGUAAAGGAAGCGUUUGAAUGAAUAAACGAAAUGUAACGUUCGUCUUGUGCAGUGUAUGAUGAGAAGAGACUCCGCAAAUUCUGAGCGUGCUAGCACAGAUGACGGAACGCGUCGCGCGAGACGCGAAGUCCGAAGAGGAUGCACGUG